AUAAUACACAUCACUCAAUCAACGUGUACUGGCUGUAGUGUAUUGUAUAUUAAUUAGCCCCAGAAAUCCCCUAUGUCCACUUACUAUUAUUUUCUAUUCCUGUUUGUAUGCAAUCAAUGUAAAGCAUGUAUGUCUGUCUCUGAGAGCCAUCCACACUGACCAUCAGCAACACCUGAGUUAGUCCUGAGAGGAAGAGAACAUGGAAUACCUGUGCCGAAAGUAUUUACGCUUGGGAUACUCCACGGAAGCCGUUGUUUUGGACGCAGAAGACUCAUUAGCUGCCAUGGGACCGUGCAAGCUGCUGACAUCACUGGUCCUGUCCAUGUGUUGUCAUGUUCUGUACGCUACAGCAUGGUCGGUGAAUAACUUCCUGAUGACUGGACCAAAGGCCUAUCUGACGUAUGCCAGUAGCGUGCAGGUGGGCGCACAGUGCGGGAUUCAGGAAUGCAAACACCAGUUCGCUUGGGACAGGUGGAACUGCCCGGAGAGCGCGCUCCAACUAUCAACUCAUGGACUGCGCAGUGCCACAAGAGAGACGUCUUUCGUCCACGCCAUCAGUGCUGCGGGGGUGAUGUACACUCUCACCAAGAACUGUAGUAUGGGGGAUUUUGAUAACUGUGGAUGUGAUGACUCCAAUAUUGGGCAGAUAGGUGGUAGGGGUUGGAUUUGGGGGGGCUGCAGUGAUAACGUGAAAUUUGGGGAGAAGAUGUCCAAACAGUUUGUGGAUGCGCUGGAGAACGGGCACGACUCGCGCGCAGCUGUGAACCUGCACAACAAUGAAGCUGGUAGACUUGCGAUCAAGGCGACCAUGAAGCGAGCCUGUAAGUGCCACGGGGUCUCCGGGAGCUGUUCCGUUCAGACCUGCUGGAUGCAGCUGUCUGACUUCAGAGACAUCGGCAACUACCUCAAAGUCAAACACGACCAGGCGCAGAAACUGGAGAUGGACAAGAGGCGGAUGAGGUCGGGGAACAGCGCGGACAACAGGGGCGCCAUCGCGGACGUGUUCAGCAGCAUCGCCCGGACGGAGCUCAUUUACCUGGAGGAAUCUCCAGACUACUGUACCAAGAACAAGAGCCUGGGGCUCCAGGGAACCGAGGGGAGGGAGUGUCUGCAGGGGGAAAAUAACCUCUCCCAGUGGGAGAAGAAGAGCUGCCGCCGGCUGUGCCAUGAGUGCGGCCUGAGGGUCGAGGAGAGGCGGAUUGAGAUAGUCAGCAGCUGUAAUUGCAAGUUUCACUGGUGCUGCACGGUCAAGUGCGAGCGGUGCACGCAGGUCGUGACCAAAUACUACUGCGGGCGCAGGGAGAGAGUGCGCAGGCCUCAGAACAGCACAAGGAAAAGUGGGAGAAGGCCUCGCGUGCAGCGCAGUUGAUUUGCGCCUGCACAGUCUGUGGUUAUCUAUACUUGAGGAUAACUAUGAAGGGGACAGUUUAUUUUAAUAUUCGCUAUUUAAAACAUGUUUUAUUACAGUUAAUUUUAUCCAUGUUCAUCUGUCUGGGAUUGUAUGUCUUGUAUGUUGUUACCCAAACAUUUUACACGUGAUUUCUCCUGUAACUUGUUUAUGAUCAACAUAUUCUCAUCCAUCCCACAUCGGAUGACAAACUAUUUCCACUUUUGUCCCUCAUUAAAAAUGCACUUUAUAGGCUAACAUUUUGACAAUCGAAUAGAUAUGUGAUAUGUUCUAAAAAAUAUAUAUAUUCCUUUGAUAAAUGUCUAUCAUCACAAUGUUAUUUUGUUAAUGCACGUUUAAGUUUACUUGUCACUUUGGGGGUGUACAAGGAGAAAUAUGGUUGUCUAAAUGGGUUAGAGGCUUAUGCGUACAUUCGGUGUGUCCUCUUUUAUAUUAAUUAUGACAUUGUUUUAAGUGUCAUUAUCACGUUUUUAUUUUUGUACGGGGAAUUGCAUAUUAAAUAUUUGAAUCUUA